CUUAGGAAUAGUUGUGUUGUUUAAGCAGACACUGCUGAAAACAGCCAAAAAGAAAGCAGGAAGAAAGCAAACAAAGCUUGCUUUUUGUGCAUCGGGGGAAGGCAAACAAAGGACAACUUAGGCUGCGAAAAGGGCGGUAGUUAUCGCAGCACUUGUCGCGAGUAUUUGAGAAAUCUAUCGGGCGUUAGGUCACCUGAGGUAAUAGCCUCAUUAUGUCCAUUGAACAGACAGCAUGUGAAGACCUGAAGGCGUUCGAGCGCCGCCUGACGGAGGUGAUCACAUGCCUGCAGCCGGCCGCCCUCCGGUGGCGCGUCGUCCUCGCCACCGUGUCGGUGUGCACGGCCAUUGGCGCCUGGCAGUGGCUGACUGACCCGAUGACGUCAGAGGUCGCCUUCGUCCAGUCACUGUUCAACCACUUGUUCUUCGCCAUCUCCACCCUGACUCUCGUGGUUCUCUUCCUGCUGGGUAUUCACAAGCGGGUGGUGGCGCCGUCCAUCGUCUGCUCGCGCACGCGCCAGGUGCUGGCCGACUUCAACAUGUGGUGUGACGACACGGGCAAGCUGGUGCUGAAGCCGCGGCCUACCGCGUCGUGACGCCGCCUGUCCGUCUGACGCUAGC